AAAUUAAACAAGAUUUGGAAGGACAGACAAUUGGAGUCUUUAAUUCACAUCAAAUAAGACCGGAGAGAUCUCCAAGAUACAAACCUCAAGAGAACCUACAAUAUCGUGGGAGAUCGCCGAAUCUAAAUUCGAGCGGAGAAAGUUUUAUCCAAUCAAAAGACGACAAUUCUGGUGGAAGUAUUAAUAUGAUUAAAAUAGAUCAUCCUAUGGAAAAAGCUGUUACACCUCGGGACAUACAAAAUCUUAUCCUGAGGCUACGGAGAAGACUUGCUGAAAGUAAGCACAAAGAAUUAAUAACAGAUGAUGAAGAACAAGAUGUAGAUAUUAUUAGUAUCAGUAGUGAAAGUACAAGAGAAGAACAAGAUGUCAGACCUAGAGGAGAAGUUCAAGCGGAGACAAUCCAAGACGUCACACCAACUUUGACGCAGAGAAAAGAAGUGUAUAAAAACGAAGUCAAAUACGAUUACUAUGGUAAUGGAUUUAAAAAUAUGAAAAUAAAUGUAAAAACAGGAAAUAACCAAUCCAGAACAUUAAAUACUCACCAUUGGAAAAGUGCCAAUCAUUCAGAAAAUUCCUUGUGGAAAAACGCCAAUGAAAUAUCAGCAUCCAAAUUGCAGAAUCCUGAAACAAAAAGAAUAAGAAAAUUAAUAAAUAAAAAUUGUUGUGAUGUACAAUAUCAAGCGAGGAAAACUAUUUCAACGACGAAAACUGUCGAAAGAGUACGAAAAGAAACGAAGAAAAAUCAUCUCGAGACUUCAAGUUUAAAUACACACCCGACGGAAAGGGUACAACCAAUAACAAACGACAUAGAAGAGUCGACCAAUAGAAGUGUCGCAACAAGUGCCAUAUUGAAAGAGGUUACGGAACGUACCGAAACACCACGAGACAACGAGUUGUUAUCAGGCGAGAGUGCGAACAUCAUUCAGAGCGAAAACGAAAAAAUUCGACAGGCUCGACGCGAAUUAAACCGAGUAUUAAACGCGAACUGUUGUGUUACAAAGAUGAUAACGAGAAAGGAUCUCAGACCGUAUAAAAGUAUUAAGGAAACAAAAACUGAAGAAAGAAGAUCGAUAAGGCUUAUACGUGAGAAGCUGUACAAAUGUGACAAAGUCGUGAAACGAGUAAGAAGAAUAAAACGACUUAACGAAAUUCUAAAUAAUAUAACGAAUGAUGAAGAGUCAGAUUCACAAUCGGGACAAGAUUCGAUAGAAGUAAUUAAUCUUUACGAUAAGAGCAUUGUUGAAUCAAGCGAUGAUGCAAUAUUAUCCAAGGAAAUCAUCACAAUGGAUAAAGAUAAACAACCCAAACACAAAUUUGUGAUCUCUGUAGAUACACGAAACGACAACAUAGAAAAAUGUGUCAAGGAUGAGACACUAAAAGUAGAUAUCAUCAUCAAGAAUAACCAGAUGAAAAUUGACAGAAUUAUCGAGGACAGAAAUCUAAUUCCCUUUACACAGAAGGAUGUCAAACGUAAGAUAAUUAUACCAUUGCAAGACUUAAACAAGAGUGAUGUUAGUGAACUGAACCCAGCAUAUUCGAAUUUAGCCGAGAAUCAACCGACUGAAAUACAAGAUAAUCAACUGACGCCUAGUCCAAUCCAUGAAUGUAUAAAUAAAAAUCCAAAAAUAAUCCUAGAAAAACUACAAUUACCUUCUAAUGCAAAUAAUGAUACUACAAUUAGAUUAACGAAGAAAGGCCAGCCCAGAAAGAAAGCGGGAAGAAGACGCCUACCAGAACAUCUAAAGGUAAAAACCCGAAAAAAAGAUUGGAGUCGCCUCUCACCGACAAGUCGAGCAAAAAAGACAAGAGCAAAUCAACCCAGAACAUCAAAAGGAACGUGGAAGAGCACUCAAAAGAAAACACCAGAGAGGAAGCAUCUUCAGAUAUUAUUCGAGCAACUAAAUGCCUUAAGGCAGAAGGAGCCAGUGAUGUACACAGAACGUCAAACAUCAUCAAGCAGUGAUGAGUCAGAUUACGAAGUUAGACAGGGCAACGAUUCCAUCCGAAGCACAUCAACACUUGGCAGCAUAACGGAACAGCAGAAUGCCAUAAUAAUACAGGAUCUGAAUAUCCAACCGACAGAGAAAGCACCGAUGGUGGAAAUCGAUAAACAGCGAGCGGAGAGUCCAAGCACAGAUGUACAACUGUGAAAUACAUAUGUUAAACACGAUAAAAAGAAUAUAUGAAAGAUUUCGUCAUAGAGAAAGUAAAGUUUUUAUUUUGUUUCACUUAAGUUUUGAUACUGAUGUUAGGGUACCGUCCUAUUAAGCACGGAUCGAAUUUCUCACUAGAAUUGAACAUUCCGUUCUAGUUCCGUUCCGUAACAGUUUUCUCUACCCGUCCCAUUCGGUAAAAACGGAACGGAAUAUCGCGUCAAUCGUAGGUAAGUAUGCUUGAUUCAUCGACAUUUCGUUAUUUUGGGCAGUUGAAGCAAUAAUAUACAUAUAAUUUAUGCAAUUAUCUUGGCGAUAACAUUGUUGUGAGUUCUCUAAAAUAUUAAAUUGUAACGGUGAAAUAUAUUUUGUAACUAGAUUCCGUUCCAUUUUUACUGAAUGGAACGGGUAGAGAAAACUGUUAUGGCACGGAACUGGAACAGAAUGCUCAAUUCCAGUAAGAAAUCCGAACCGUCGUUUCAAUCCGUGCUUAAUGGUAUGGCACCCUUAUUCAGAUUAGUUUUAUAAAGAUAUAUAUUUGUU